AUGAAUUACAAAUUGACGUAUUUCCCUAUCCGAGGCUUGGCUGAGCCAAUUCGUCUACUACUGAUUGAUCAAGGUAUAAAGUUUACUGACGAUCGCAUUAAUAGAAAUGAUUGGCCUGCCAUGAAAUCACAAUUCCAAUUCGAGCAACUACCUUGUCUUUACGAUGAUGAUGAACAAAUUGUCCAGUCCGGUGCUAUCCUGAGACAUCUUGCUCGCAAACACAAUUUGAAUGGUGGAAAUGAGCUGGAAACGACAUAUGCUGAUAUGUUCUAUGAAGGCCUUCGUGAUCUACAUAACAAAUAUACAAAAAUGAUUUAUCAGGCUUAUGAAACUGACAAGGGUCCCUAUAUAAAAAAUAUACUACCAGCUGAACUGGCAAAGCUUGAGAGAUUGCUUGCUACACGAGACAAUGGAAAAAAUUUCAUCCUGGGAGACAAGAUUUCAUUCGCAGAUUUUGUUCUUUUCGAAGAGCUUGACAUUCAUCAGGUUCUCGAUCCGCACUGUCUCGAUAAAUUUCCGCUUUUGAAGGCGUAUCGGCAACGGAUGGAGGAUAGACCGAAACUUAAGGAAUACUACGAGCAGCGUAAUGCAGAUAAAGUACCAAUUAAUGGAAAUGGGAAGCAAUGA